AUGGCCAUCCACGUGGCGAGCAAGUCUCGUGCAGCCCGAUGGGCCGACAAGCUGGCCGUUGACGAAGCAGAGUCAGGCUUAACCAGCACUCAAUUGAUGCUCACCAACUAUGAUCUGAAACCUGUGGAAAAGGAGCGGCGGCAAUGGGGUCCAUGGAACUUUGUUGGCUUCUGGAUCGCCGACUCUUUCAACAUCAAUACAUGGAUGAUCGCGAGUUCUAUGAUUGUCAAUGGCCUUUCGUGGUGGCAGGCCUGGAUCUGCGUCUGGGUCGGAUACACAAUUGCCGCCUGUUUCAUCUGCUUGACUGGCCGGAUCGGGGCUACGUAUCACAUAGGCUUCCCUGUUGUCGCACGGUCAUCGUUUGGCAUCUGGGGAAGCUUGUGGCCGGUCUUUAACAGAGCAGCCAUGGCGUGUGUCUGGUAUGGUGUGCAAGCCUACAUCGGAGGACGAUGCGUCUACAUCAUGAUCCGCGCAAUCUGGCUCUCGUGGGAUCGAACCAAGAUCCCCAAUUCUUUCUCCCACGAUUCCGCCACCACCACCGCCGACUUUGUCUCGUUCUUCCUCUUCUGGUUCUGCUCCCUCCCCGCUAUCUGGUUUCCGGUACAUAAGAUCCGGCAUCUUUUUACAGUCAAGGCUUAUUUUGUCCCUGUCGCCGGUAUUGCGUUUCUGGGCUGGGCAGUAGGAAAAGCUGGUGGUAUAGGGCCGAUCGUCAAGCAGGGCCACAAGGUCCACGGUAGUGAGCUGGGCUGGCAGAUUGUCCUGGGCAUCAUGUCCUCCAUCUCAAAUUUCGCCACGCUGAUAAUCAACGAUCCCGACUUCACUCGAUUUGCUCGCAAGCCUAGAGAUGCUCUGUGGUCCCAGCUCAUCACCAUCCCCGCAGGUUUUGCUAUAACAUCAUUCAUCGGCAUCAUCGUCUCCUCCUCAUCCGAGGUGAUCUACGGAGAUACUGUCUGGGACCCCCUCGAGUUGCUUGACAAAUUCAUCGACGACAGCAACUCUGGCCAGCGGUUCGGCAUCUUCGUCAUCGCCACCGCUUUCGCCCUCGCCCAGCUGGGUACCAAUAUCGCCGCCAACUCCGUCUCGGCUGGAACAGACAUGACGGCUCUCCUCCCGCGCUUCCUCAAUAUCCGUCGCGGUGGUUACAUCUGUGCCGCGAUUGGCCUGGCCAUGUGUCCAUGGAACCUCCUCAGCGACAACAACCAGUUUACCACCUAUCUCUCGGCCUACAGUGUCUUCCUCAGCUCGAUUGCAGGCGUCAUGAUCUGCGACUACUAUUUCAUUCGCAAGGGCUAUCUAGAGAUCAAGGAGCUCUACGAUGGACGGAAAUCCAGCCCUUACUACUACACAUUUGGUGUCCACUGGCGGGCAUACGCAGCUUACAUCUCCGGCAUUCUUAUAAAUGUCGUGGGUUUCGCCGGCGCCGUGGGACGAGAAGUGCCGAUUGGCGCGCAGUACAUCUACAAUCUCAACUUCUUUGGUGGUUUCAUCGUGUCGUCGUCCGUGUACUUCGUUUUAUGCAAGCUGUUCCCAGUCCCGGCGACGAGCGACCGCUGGAUGGAAGUUGGGGAGGAACUGGACGACGUCCGAGUUGCGUAUGGCUCCAGCGAGUAUGUUGAUGAAGAGCGAGAGUCGGGGAUUCAGAGUAACAAGGCGGCAUAUGAUCCCAAGCAUUUUUGA